CCUCAUUCGCGUAUAAAUAGUGGUCGACAGCUACCAUUUCGGCAGAAACCCAGUAGUUGUUCCACUUCAGACGAGCAAAAUGGCAUUCAAGUUUAUAUUGCUCGCAGCGUUCGUCGCGGUGGCGAGCGCCGGCGGUCCGGCGGCCUACGACAUCGGCACGGUGUCCGCCGAUCACAACAGCAUCGGCUACAGCCAGGAGUCCACGCAAAAGGGCUACGCCGGCCAGAAUGUAGUCUCGACGUACAGCCGCGCCGAGGACUCCGCGCACUCGUCGGUACGCGUGAGCAACAGCCGCGUGAGCAACGACGCUCUGUUGGAGCACCACGCCAUCGGCUACGGGUACGCCGCGCCGGCCUUGGCCAAGCCCGUGAUCGCCGCUCAACCCGUGAUCGCCAAAACCGCUUAUGCCGCGCCGGCCUUGGCGACCUAUGCCGCUCACCCUGCCCCGUUGCUCGCCAAGACUUACGCCGCCCCUUACUCCGCGCCCGCUUACGGAUACGCCGCCGCGCCCGCUUACGGGUACGCCGCCGCCGCAGCCGCGCCGCUCCUGGCGAAGACGACGUAUGCUGCACCCGCUGCCUACGGUUACGCGGCACCUGCCGCCUAUGGCUACGCCAGCCCGCUCCUGGCCAAGACCUACGCCGCCCCGGCUCCGUUGAUCGCCAAGCCCGCGUACACGACUUACGCCGCGCCGGCAACACCCUUGAUCGCCAAGGCCGCUUACCCGGCUCCGUUCGUGACUAAGGCCGCCUAUGCCGCCGCGCCGAUCGCCGCCGCCCCAGUUUUGGCCAAGACCACGAUCGCCGCGCCGAUCGCCGCCGCGCCGGCUCUUUACACCGCCCAUGCCGCCGCCCCGGUGAUCGCCAAGACUUAUGCCGCCCCUUACUCGUACGAGACCGCCGCACCCGUGGUGCACGCCGCCUUCACCGGCUUCGGCACUAGCUAUUCCUGGUAAACGAUUCCGAUAACUGCAGAUCUCUCGCGAUCGGCGAGAGUUCCUCAACAGUAUCGUAACCCUUCUUCUGGUAACACACGCAAGAUUUUGUAUUACGUAGAUGUGUAUAUAAUAUUUAUAAUAUGUAAUGUUUUUAUAUUUAUACCUCAUUGUAUACACGUGUAUUCUACUCUAUCCACGAAACCCUCAGCAGGAACACACAUGGAAAACAUGUUUUUUUUUAAAUUACCACACACAUUUACAAAUUAUGAUAGCAAACGAAAAUUUUUACUGUACUAGAUAUGAAUGAAAUAAACUUGUUAAUACGACAAG